ACCAAAAGAUAAUACCAUGAUAAUAAUAAGAAACAAAAACGAACAAAUACCUUGAUAAUUCGUUUUAGUAAUCAAUUUAUAUAUUGAUUAUCAAUUUACUCGGAAUAUUUAUUAAUUUCGAAUCGACUUUAAGAAUUUCUUAAAUAUAAUUUAUAGAUAAGAUUCAUUUGUUAAUUAAACAAAUUUGAUUUUAUUAAUUAAAAAAUAAAACCGAUCGAGUAUUACCAAUAGGAUUAAAUGACUAGAUGACAAAAUGGUUAUGAAGCAUUGCCUAUGGCCAACAUAAUAAUCCUCUUGGUAAAAUUGAACAAAGAACGCACCCUUGCCUUUUCCAAAGGGGCUACUAGCAUGCGAUCGUGCAGCAUCGGCACGGCGCAUAUAUGUACAUACAUUUUCGAUAGUCUCGGACAAUCGAAAUCGCAAAAUACGAAUUCCAUCGCGCGGCCCACGCCGACUGCAGUGACCGCAGCCAUCCGUCGCAUAUAGGAUUCGCGGCUGAGGAUCGGAUUCGCAUGCACCUACGUUGUUAUUACCGUGCCAUAGGAGUAUUUGUAUACUGGCUUACCGAGAGCAGCGAUAUUGAAUCCGAUAAUAGACAUUACUCCACCCCCACCAUUCGCUUUCUCCCACACUCACCCUCUCAAUCCCUUUGCUCACCCGCACUAUCGCCAAUCCUCUCUCUUUCUCUCUCGCUCAUUCUGCAAUUCCAGCAAACGUCAAAGUAGAGUUCGUCUCUUUCUCACUAAAACAAACUCAAUCUCUCUCUCUCUCUCUCUCUCUCUCUCUCUCUCUCUCUCUCUCUCUUUUUCUAUCUAUCUAUCUCACUUGCACAUACACACGCGAACGUACAGCUAGGCGUUAUUUAACCAAAAUUCGAACGAUAAAAUGUCACGUUCCUCUUCUCUCUCUCUCUCUCUCUCUCUCUCUCUCUCUCUCUCCCUCUCAUUCUCUCUCUCUCUCUCUCUCUCUCUCUCUCUCUCUCUCUCUCCCUCUCAUUCUCUCUCUCUGUCUUUCUCUUCGUAUCCACAUUCAAGCACGCAAACGUACGCGCCAUCGGUAUAAAAUGCAACCAUCGGACUGUACUGUAUAUCGCCAAAUGCGAUCGCAUUAUAAGCAGCGAGCGACGGUUAAAGCGAUUACCGGCUGCGAGGAUGCAUAGAAAAACCGACGUUAUACCCGAUUACAAUGUGAGCACCGUUUCGCGGCGAUUCACGAUCGCCGACCAUUUCGAUACCAGCCACUACCACUCACUCUAACCCAUUCCAACAUUCAACCCUUCGUCCCUCUUUUUCUCUCUAUCACACAUACGCGCACAUGCACACAUACAUACAUGCAUACAUACAUACAUACAUAUAUACAUACAUACAUACAUACAUAUAUACAUACAUACAUACAUACAUACAUAUAUAUAUACAUACACACAUUCUACACAUCCUAUCGGCGAUUAUUUUAAAGGCUUACCAAGAGGAUUAUGGACGUGUACCAUCGCUAUGUUAAAUGAAAACGAAUCGGCCGAAACGAUAAAAAUGGAUAUUCCGCUUGUUAAACGAGCGAUCGUCCAAACCUUGAAAAGAGGAGGGCGGGUAACUUUAUAUCAAAUAUAAUUGUUGAAAGAACAAUGAUCAAAAUCAUUGGUGCUCCGCUACAGCUCUUCGAUACUAUUGCCAUUCCUGUUGUUAUUAUUACUCUGCCAUAAGAUUUUAUAUUGCGGAAAAAUAAACGAAAGAACACAUUUCAUGAGAAGCAAUCGAGCGUGAGACUACUAUAAAGGGAGUAAGAAAACUAAUUCAAAGUUGGCUGAUAGAAUAUGUUAAUAACGUUUUCACUUAUUUUCCUCGCGCGAUCGUACCACGUCAAUGUAAUCGAUUAUCCGGUUAAUCUCUCACGCCAUCCGAUUAAACGAUCGAUUGGACAACGUACGCCGGUGCUUACAAUAUUAUUUAAUUAACAAACCAUUAACGCGAAUACGAAUUUACGAUUUCCUAUGGCACAUACGUUCUAGCACGCUCUUUCAUUCGCAUUUUAGGAAUCGUGACAUAGCCUGAACAGACUGCUCUAAUUUCAUUCGACGAUACAAAUAAUGAGAUUUGUGCAUUUUAAUCUAUGUUUGAUAUAUCCUUUUUCAAAUGCAUCAUUAUCCUUGAUGAUACAUGAGGUAUAAAGUACAAAGCUUCUCUCUCUCUCUCUCUCUCUCGUUCUUUUUCUCUCUUUCUCUGUUUCUUUCGCUCUCCUAGGCGAAAAUAACUUUAACCUUUCCAUUAGCAAGUUUUCAAAGUUCACGUUAUGAUCUAUACACACACAUACACACACGGUCACGUGUAUAUCGGUUAAACUGCAUAUACGUGUGAACUGAAAAUACGUGAGGAUAAGGAAGAAGAUAAUGACAACACGGCUGCUCUCAUGCAAAAGGUUAACUCUUUCAGGUCGACCGAUCUAUUAGGGUUCUUUAAAUAAACCGUUUGAGUAUAAAUCUUCGAAAAUUAUUUGCGAUGAAAAAUAAUCUAAUUCACUAUAUAUAAAACAUAUAUUGAUUAGUUUUGUUUAUUAAACUAUCAAAGACGAUAAACAAGUAUACGUCCGGAUGCCCAAAAGCACCUUUUGCUAAAGGCAAUCGUAGAUAAUCUAGGUCGAUACGUUCUGACGGUGUUAAUUAAUACGAUUCUCGCUAUCGAGAGGCGGAGGUCGAUUGCAAUUCGCACGGAUGAAUCAGAGAGAGGUUGGCCGGCUGUUGGCCGGCAUGAUGCGUUCUGAUGCAUUCGUGUUCGCAAGAGAGAGGAGAGAGGAUACGUUCGAACUGGUAGAUGGUAACAUAGGACGUGUUACUCUGAGAGGGUUGCAUCGGACCGUGCCAGUUGGAUGCAGGCAUAUAUCCCAUUCGACGGGAUUACGCAACACGGUGCUCUCUGAUUGGUUCUAAUCGUCGGCUCUGCAAAUGGCUCUACAUCGUUAUGGUUUGCUCGAACGAGCCCAUUGUUGUCCAGGUUUACAACAUCGCGUUAUGGGCAUUAUUUGGACCGCGAAAUGGUGUACUCAAAUGCACCGAAAUACGCAUCGGUGCAAAUACCCUGCUUGCGCGAAUUGCGGCUAAUCUAACAGCGACACCGCCAAUUGUAACGCAAUAUAAAAUGGCGUUGAUGGUGAUGGUGGUGGCAGUGGUAGAAGUGGUCGUGGUAGUGGUGGUUACCAAUGAAUGUGUAGACCAAUGCCCGGACGCGUGGUCAAACGCGCUGCAGCGAUCAUCGGAUCAGCUUAAUCAAAUAAAGAGAACGUGGGCUCUGCACAAUAUCAAAUGGAUCCCGAACUUGCGGUACUACAAAUCGAAUACCAAGACGAUUCACGAUAGGUCCUGCAGAAAGCUUAGUCAGCGGAAUAAAGUGAUCAUGAUUUAUGAUUUUUUCAGAUGAAAACUUUUGUCAUUUAAAAUAUAUAACAAAUAAAUAAAAAACCAAUUCAGAUAAUCUGAAGAUUAUAUAUAUAUACUCCGAAAGUAUUAAA